AAAAUGUCAAUGAAGGUAGGUAACAUUAGGGUAGGUUGAGAUCAGCUGAUCGGCACGCGAGUUCCACGGCUUCCACGCGGAUUCAGUCUCAUUCUGCUUUUCACACCGCGUUUCGCAAGCUUGACAUGAACGUGAAUUGUGACUAUAUUUCUCGUUGGUGCUGCUUUAAUUUAUUCAAUUGGGCAUAUCCAGUGGAAAUAGAAUCUCCAACACACUCCGUGCGGCCUUACGUUUCACGCUGCUCACCUAAAUAAAUAAUCGCAUAUGCAUCGGAAUGACUAUGGGCUUUUCGACACAAAAAACCGCUGAGCCAAACUCGGAUCAUGCGAUCGCCGGCGCUGCCAGUGGAUUUAUAACGAGAUUUCUGUGUCAACCUUUGGACGUCAUAAAGAUUCGAUUUCAAUUGCAAGUGGAACCAAUUUCGAAGCACCACAUUAGCAAAUACAGAUCCAUGUCGCAAGCUUUCCUGCUAAUUUUAAGAGAAGAAGGAUCCGCCGCCCUAUGGAAGGGCCACGUGCCCGCGCAAUUGCUCUCGAUUAUCUACGGGAUGGCUCAGUUUUAUUCCUACAACAUAUUCAUGAAGAUGUUUCAACAAGCUCCGCAAGUCGAGGAAUGGCAUCACGCGACGCACUUCAUCGCCGGUGCCGGUGCUGGCAGCGUGGCGACGAUCAUCUCGUUCCCUUUUGACACCGUGAGAACUAGACUGGUGGCUCAGUCGAGCAACCAUCAGGUGUACAACGGAGUGUUGCAUUCCUGCAGUUCGAUUCUUCGACAGGAAUCGCCGAGGGCCUUCUUUUCCGGCCUGCUACCGAGCCUGCUGCAAAUCGCCCCGCACACCGGUUUGCAAUUCGCGUUCUACGGACUCUUCACGGACCUCUAUAAGAAUUACGUCCCCGGUACCGACAUCAGUUUCUACAAUUCCAUGUUGUCCGGCAGCGUCGCUGGACUCGCGGCGAAAACGAUCGUAUAUCCGUUCGAUCUCGCUAGAAAGAGAUUGCAGAUACAGGGCUUCCAGCACGGCCGCAGAGGAUUCGGCAAGUUUUUCGAGUGCAACGGGUUACUGGACUGCUUGAGGGUGACGGUGAGAGAGGAGGGUGUGCAGGGAUUGUUCAAGGGCUUAGUGCCGAGUCAGGUGAAAGCCGCCACGACCUCGGCUCUGCAUUUCACCGCGUACGAACAAGUUUUGUUACUGUUAAAAAUGUUGCGAUAAGCGUCGAAACGAGAUAUGUGUGGAAUUACGUAUAAAUGGAAGCACUAAUUUAUUAUAUAUACACGUGUUAAUUUGUACUUUUAAAAAACCUCGAAAGACUAGUCUCUAAUUAUAAUAUAAUUACGUAAUGAUACCCAGAUAGCCAAAUUUGUCUGAACAGAUUUUCUCAAAUGCCCACUACAAAUUUUGAAGGCAGAAAGAUUGGCCGCGUUCAGCGGAGAAAACUGCUCAGCGAGCGCUUGUGCUGACUGGAUUAUACUUAAAAAAUCUAGAAAAAUAGUUCUAUCGCAGCAUAGAUCAAAAGUAUAACCCAAUCAGCGCGAAGCAUUCACUGAGCAACUCUCUCCGCUGAACGCGGCAAUCUAUUGACAGCGUAUUUUACAGACUCUAGACUUGUUUUCUGUUGCUA